AUGAAAUUCUCAGUAUCUUCUUCAUCUAAUUCAUGUCUCAUCUUAGAAGGAUUGGUUGGGGAGGAUUCCCUGCAUCUCAUAGAUGGUACAAACCAAUGUGAUGGCCGUCUGCAAAUAGAACACAGUGGGCAGCAAGGCCUUGUGUGUGGUGACCACUGGGCCAUGCAGGAAGCAUCAGUGACCUGCAGACAUCUUGGCUGUAGCCAUGCACGUUCAACCUUCCAGUAUAUUUUGAGGCCUGAAGAAAUGAAUUCACCUUGGCUGUUUGGUACCAACUGCAGUGGUGAGGAACCCACUCUCUGGGUGUGUUCUCUCGGGAGCUGGGGGCCCCUCAAUGACUGCAAGUGCCAGUGUGUGGUGUCAAUUGUUUGCUCAGGUGCUAACUUUCAACAAGUCAUGCUGGCCAGAGGUGCCAGUCCAUGUGCUGGGUCUCCUGAGUUGUUAAGUGGGUCUUCCCUACUCCUGAAGUGUGACCUACAGAAGGAAGAGGCAAGUGUCUUGUGCAGACAGUUGAAGUGUGGCACCGCUCUACAGUGGUCCAAAACUCACCGUGGAAGUCAAGAACAGAAAUUUGUGUCUUGCCAAGGAACAGAGGCUGAGAUUUUCUCCUGCAAGAUCAAUGUGAACUUUAUAGAGCAGUGUGAUCUUCUGUCCUACACCGAGGUGGUGUGCACAGGUCACGUGGAGGCCCGGCUGCUAGGUGGUACACACCCCUGUGAAGGACGCCUGGAGGUUCUUCGAGGACUUACCUGGGGCACAGUUUGCCGAGAUGACCUGGAUAUGCCCAUGGCCCACGUGGUUUGUCGGGAGCUGGGGUGUGGCACUGCUGUAUCCAUACUUGAGAGUUCCCCCUUUGGCUAUGGAUCAGGGCCUGUGUGGACAGAGGCCUUUCACUGUGCGGGCAAUGAAUCACUGCUGUUCCAUUGUCUGAGGGAGCCUGGACACCAGUGUGGCCAUGAUCAGGUUGCUGCACUAACCUGCUCAGGAGAAAAGUUCCGACUGGUGAAUGGCAGCAGCCGCUGUGAGGGGCGUGUGGAGCUUUUGGUACAGAAUGCCUGGCAACCCCUCUGUGCUGCUGACUGGGACUUAGCAGAUGCCACAGUGCUCUGCCACCAGCUCAACUGUGGCUAUGCAGUGGCCACACCCCAAGGAGGUCACUUUGGAAAUGUGGAGGCUUCCAUCAGGACAGAUGUAUUUCACUGUGUGGGGACAGAGCCCCACUUACUGAGCUGCCCAACAAGCACCUUAGGGGCCCAGGCAUGCACCCUGGGGAAUUCAGCCUCAGUUCUCUGCUCAGGUCUCCAGGAUGCCCUGCGGCUAAGGGAUGGAGAGAGCUACUGUGAUGGCCGAGUGGAGGUCUUCCUGGAUGGCACGUGGGGGCGUGUGCUGGACAAUGCUUGGGACCUGCGUGAUGCUGCUGUGGUGUGCAGACAGCUCGGGUGUGGAGAGGCACAGCUAGCCUAUGACUCACCAGCACCAGGCUAUAAGACAAUUCCUGUGGGGCUGAGCCUGGUGCAUUGCUUGGGCACUGAGACCCACCUGACCCAUUGCAAUGUUUCGGCUUCUUUGCUGGUUCAGGCAGGGACGUUGCGGGAUGCAGGCGUGGUGUGCUCGGGGAGCUUACACAUACGGUUGGCAGCGGGCAAGAGCCGCUGUGCUGGGCGUGUGGAAGUGUUCUAUCAGGGCUCAUGGGGCACCGUAUGUGAUGAUGCCUGGGACCUGCAGGAUGCCCAUGUCGUGUGCAGGCAGCUGGGCUGUGGCCAUGCCCUCAGUGCCCCCAGGGCUGCCCAUUUUGGAGCAGGAACUGGGCACAUCUGGUUGGAUGAACUGGGCUGCCUGGGUGAGGAGGCUGCUCUAUGGGAGUGCCAGUCAGGAGGUUGGGGCAAACAAGACUGUGGACACAAGGAGGACGCAGGUGUGAUCUGUUCAGAAUUCACUGAUGUGAGGUUGCAAGAGCACAGUCAGCCAUGCACAGGACGCCUGGAGGUUUUCUACAAUGGGACCUGGGGUGGUGUCUGCCAGUCUUUGAAUGCUGCCUCCCUGAGGGUUCUGUGUGAACACCUGGACUGUGGGUCUCAAGGGCAGCUACUGGCCAGGCCAAGGAGCUCGUCUACCAUCAAGACUGUCUGGCUGAAGUCUAUUCAGUGCAGGGACAAGCAUGACAGGUCCUUGUGGCAAUGCCCAUCAGCACCCUGGAGAAGGCAUUCUUGCCUCCGAGGAGAGGAAGCUUGGUUGGUAUGUGCAGGAAAGACAGAAGUUUCUCAAGAUAUGGAGCAGAGUCCAAACUGCUCAUCAACUCAUAGCUGCCCAGAGGAAGGUGCACUUCGGGUGUUUGGGGGUGAGAACGACUGCUCUGGCCGAGUGGAGCUUUGGCAUGGAGGUUCCUGGGGCACGGUGUGCGAUGACUCCUGGGACCUGGCCGAUGCAGAAGUUGUGUGCCGGCAGCUGGGCUGUGGCCCAGCCAUAGCUGCCUUGCAGAAUGCUGCCUUUGGUCCUGGCUCAGGGCCUAUAUGGCUGGAUGAAGUGGGAUGCCGAGGCAGUGAGCUGUCUCUGGGAGCCUGCCAGGCAGAACCAUGGGGAUAUGGAGACUGCUCCCACAAGGAGGAUGCGGGUGUGCGCUGCCUAGGUAUCCCUGAAACCAUGGCAUCAGGCAAUUCCUCAGCUCCUCCACCUGUUCCUGAGGUAUGGACCAUGCCUGAGAUAGCCUGUUUGGUCCUUGGCUGCCUCUUGGGCAUAGUCUUUCUGCUCCUGGCUGCUCAGUGGUGUCACAGCAGAGCCAUGGGUAAGAAACAUGGUUCUGGGGCAAUGAAGCAACUGCCCUCAGAUGCUAUCUAUGAAUACAUUGAAACAGUCCCUAUGGAUGAAAAAGAGGAGCCAGCAGCAUCCCAGAGUCUGGUGCAGGAUGAGGAUUAUGACGAUGCAGAAGAGCCUAAGGACAGCCCUGGGGAAGAUAUGGAGGCUAGGCACUGUUGA